CCUGUCAUGACAACAACAGUGAUGAGUGACGACACAUCAGCCAGGCUCCUUUAACACUGUUCAUAAUGGCUGGACGCUUUCGAUACAAAAUAUGGGACCCGCCACUCAUUGUAUCACAAAUAAUUACUAUGCAGGCUGUGUUUUAUGUGGGACUUGGCAUGUGGAUAGCCAUACUUGAUCUGUUUACUGGCAAUCAUCGAUCACUUGACAGCAUCUUUAAAUACCAGGAGAUCCAGAUAAAAGAAGUACAUGGACGUGCAGUGAUGGCAGCAUUUAUCCUUAAUGCUCUCACUGGGUCACUAGGAUUAUGGAAGGUCGUUCAACGUACUAAACAGUGUCUAGACUUCACGAUAACUGCCCAUUUUCUUCACCUGCUGGGUUGUUGGCUAUAUAAUGGCCAUCUUCCUUCACAGCCCUCUGUAUGGCUACUGAAUCUCGUAACCAUCACUUUAAUGUGUGUUUUAGGUGAAUAUUUGUGUAUGAGAACUGAGAUGCAGCACAUUCCAGUGAUGAGUUCUAAAGUGGAUUUGUAAUACAGUUUAUUCAGUAUGUUUCUGUCUACGUAAGUGUUAUCUUGUUUAUCUGCUAAAGUAAAAGCAGUACUGUAUUGCAAUAAUUAUUUUUCAUGAAAUCCAUGCAAGCUUUACCUUUUAAUCACCUGCACUAGGUUAGUGAUUCUGUAAAUAUAUUCACAUGUUAUAUGAAGAUUAUUUAUACUACAGUAUAUGAAGAAAGUUUUUAGCCAUAAACUAAUCAGUAAUUAAAUUUUGCACCUCUCACCCAUUGAAUUGAUUGAUAAGAAGUAUUAAUAUCUUGUGUCUUAAAUAUGGGCACUGUACUUCAUGGAAAUAAGUGUGUUGGUCAUUGUGGAAAGUGUCCUGAGGAAGUAUUGUUUUUACAGAAAAUAUACGGGGGAAAGGGUGGAUGAACUUGCAUUUAUUUUUUCAUUAAGACAUUUUACGUCAUGAAAUUUACGAUCACAUCAGCCUCAAUUUUCAUAGUUUAAGAAAUUUUUUUAUUAUGGUACUGCCAUUAAACUUCUCGUAAUAUUUUGCUUUUGAUCAUACAGGUUGUACCUCUCUAGUCCGGCAUUCUGUGGUCCGGAAACUCCCGUGGUCCGGAACGAUUUUAGUUUGUCCAAUAGGUAGAUAGGCAGCUUUUUUCUUUUUUUUUU